UCGAAACCAAAACACAACAAGGUCUGGAGGAGCUGCGAGCGGCGGGGCUGGGCGGGCAGACUCGCGGCGGCACAGAGCCUCGGGAGGCUGAUGCAACUUUCCCUUUAAGAAAGCCACCUGGGCUCACCGUGGUGCGGACCCAGCACGCCUGGGCCGGGGGCUGCAGCAUGCUCUGGAGGUCUGCAGUCUGAAAGGUACUGGAAACAGAACCUGUGAGUGUGGUCCGGGUCUCCAGAGCCCCACCCCACUGCCACCAUGGUAGGAAAAGGUGCCAAAGGGAUGCUGAAUGGUGCUGUGCCCGGUGAGGCCACCAAGAGGGACCAGAACCUCAGUCGGGGCAACUGGAGCAACCAGAUCGAGUUUGUACUGACGAGCGUGGGCUAUGCCGUGGGCCUGGGCAAUGUCUGGCGCUUCCCAUACCUCUGCUAUCGCAACGGGGGAGGCGCCUUCAUGUUUCCCUACUUCAUCAUGCUGGUAUUCUGCGGGAUCCCACUCUUCUUCAUGGAGCUCUCCUUCGGCCAGUUUGCCAGCCAGGGCUGUCUAGGGGUCUGGAAGAUCAGCCCCAUGUUCAAAGGCGUGGGCUACGGCAUGAUGGUGGUGUCCACGUACAUCGGCAUCUACUACAACGUGGUCAUCUCCAUCGCCUUCUACUACUUCUUCUCGUCCAUGACACCUGUGCUGCCCUGGGCCUACUGCAAUAACCCCUGGAACACGCCCGACUGCGCCAGCGUGCUGGACACCACCAACCACACUAACAGCUCCCAGCCUCCCGCGCCCAGCAACCUCUCCAACCUGCUCAACCACACCUUCCAGAGGACCAGCCCCAGCGAGGAGUACUGGAGGCUCUAUGUGCUGGAGCUGUCAGACGACAUCGGGAACUUCGGGGAGGUGCGGCUACCCCUCCUCGGCUGCCUCGGCAUCUCCUGGGUGGUCGUCUUCCUCUGCCUCAUCCGAGGGGUCAAGUCUUCAGGGAAAGUGGUGUACUUCACGGCCACAUUCCCCUACGUGGUGCUGACCAUCCUGUUUGUCCGUGGAGUGACCCUGGAUGGAGCCUUCACGGGCAUCAUGUACUACCUGACCCCCCAGUGGGACAAGAUCCUGAAGGCCAAGGUGUGGGGGGAUGCCGCCUCCCAGAUCUUCUACUCGCUGGGCUGCGCCUGGGGGGGACUCAUCACCAUGGCUUCCUACAACAAGUUCCACAACAACUGCUACCGGGACAGUGUCAUCAUCAGUAUCACCAACUGUGCCACCAGCGUCUAUGCUGGAUUCGUCAUCUUCUCCAUCCUUGGCUUUAUGGCCAACCACCUGGGUGUGGACGUGUCCCGCGUGGCAGACCACGGCCCCGGCCUGGCCUUCGUGGCCUAUCCUGAGGCCCUUACGCUGCUGCCCAUCUCCCCGCUGUGGUCCCUGCUCUUCUUCUUCAUGCUCAUCUUGCUGGGUCUGGGCACUCAGUUCUGCCUCCUAGAGACGCUGGUCACAGCCAUCGUGGAUGAAGUGGGAAAUGAAUGGAUCCUGCAGAAAAAGACCUAUGUGACCUUGGGCGUGGCCAUGGCUGGCUUCCUGCUGGGCAUCCCCCUCACCAGCCAGGCAGGCAUCUACUGGUUGCUGCUGAUGGACAACUACGCGGCCAGCUUCUCCUUGGUGAUCAUCUCCUGCAUCAUGUGCGUCACCAUCAUGUACAUCUACGGGCACCAGAACUACUUCCAGGACAUCCAGAUGAUGCUGGGGUUCCCACCGCCCCUGUUCUUCCAGAUCUGCUGGCGCUUCGUCUCUCCAGCCAUCAUCUUCUUCAUUCUCAUCUUCACGGUGAUCCAGUACCGGCCAAUCACCUACAACAACUACCAGUACCCAAGCUGGGCUGUGACCAUCGGCUUCCUCAUGGCUCUGUCCUCCGUCAUCUGCAUCCCCAUCUACGCCCUGUUCCUGCUCUCCCGCACAGAUGGGAACACCCUCCUCCAGCGUUUGAAAAAUGCCACCAAGCCAAGCAGUGACUGGGGCCCUGCCCUCCUGGAGCACCAGACUGGGCGCUACACCCCCACCAUAGCCCGCUCUCCUGAAGACGGGUUCGAG